ACACUCUUUGCAUUUUUUUUCUUCCAAGUGAUUUGGGAAAUAAGACAAGCCCGAAGUGUCCUGACGCCUGAUAGAGAUGGUAUUCCAGAAUAAAUGGAUGCCCCUGUGUGACAGAUUGGUGUGAAAUUCCAGAUCUACCAACAGCUGAGGAACCUCACUGUGUAGCUGCAAUAUUUGCACGGUAUUUACUUUUAGGCUCCUACUUUUGAAGGCUGGAUGAAAUCCUGGAGUUCUAAUUUCAAGGAGGCCAGCUUUUAUAGUGCAUCCAUAGGAAGCGUCUCCACUACAGCCUUUCACCACACAGGAGACAGACUGAGGAUGUAGGCAGCUGACAAAUGUGAAAGCAAUGAAGAGGUGUUCCGAGGUUGACAGCGCUUUUCAUAGUACACGCAUUUUCUGGGAAGGGCAUAAGAAGGGAGAUAAACAAGGGACGAUUUUGGCAAGCUGAGAAGAAGCUGUGGCAGAUAAAGAUGUUCCGAAGACAAGAUCACAUCAAAAAGAUCCUCAGGCUCCAUCAGCCACCAUCUGAUCACAUUGCAGCAACAUAGAUGUUGCCAUGAGGAUCAGGAGGUGUCCUGUCUACUUCACAGCUUAGCUUUUGGUCCUGCUGGGUAAACACCAGAGAGAACUCGAUGUAGAGGCAGAGUACACAUUUUAAGAGAGCUGACAAGUCCGUUCCUGCACAUACAUGCACCUGUGUAAGAGUUCUCCAAGUCCAGAGGCCUCUGUGGCACUGCAUGGAUGUAAGAACUUUUGCGUGUGUGGGGUUAGACUCUGCUUUCUGAGAUAUGAUGCUCCGACGAGGAUUUAUUCUAUUUCUCCCCCGACUUGUAGGCCUGCUGGUAGUGGCCUGUUGCUCAAUGUCUAUUGUUUAUAUGUUGGCUUGUACACCCAAGGGUGACAACCAGCAGCUUGCCUUGCCCAGGGUACACAGUCCGACUGUGAAGGAGGGAUAUGAAGCUGUUCUGCAAGAGCGAGAAGAGCAACACCGCAAUUACAUCGUCAGCUUGAAGAAACAAAUUGCCCAGUUGAAGGCUGAGCUCCAGGGCAGAGCCGAGCAGUUUAAGAAGAUGCAGAGCCAGUACCCAGACCCCUUGGACGUUUGGCUUGACCAAAGUAACCCAGAGAAGGCCCAGGCUAACCUGCUGGCUUUCCUGCGUUCCCAAGUAGACAAAGCAGAGGUGCACAGCGGUGUUAAGCUGUCCACGGAGUAUGCGGCUGUGCCCUUUGAGAGCUUUACCCUGCAGAAGGUGUAUCAACUGGAGACGGGGCUGACACGUCACCCAGAAGAGAAACCUGUAAGGAAGGACAAGCGAGAUGAGUUGAUAGAGGUGAUUGAAUUAGGAGUUGGGAGUUUGAACAAACCAGAGGGAGUCAGCAAUGCAAAGCACCGUGUAUACACAGCCUCCGACUUCGUUGAAGGGAUCUACCGCACAGAAAAAAAUAAAGGCACACUGUAUGAGCUGACUUUCAAAGGAGACACAAAACAUCAGUUUAAGAAGAUUGUUUUAUUCCGGCCAUUUGGUCCUGUAAUGAAAGUGAAAAGUGAAAAUGUCGAUAUGGCUGACACACUUAUUAACAUCAUUGUGCCAUUGGCCAAGAGAGCCAGCAAAUUUCGGCAAUUCAUGCAGAAUUUCAGGGAAAUGGGCAUUCAGCAGGAUGGGAGAAUUCACCUCACUGUAGUUUACUUUGGAAAAGAACAAAUGAAUGAAGUCAAAUCGAUACUUGAAAAUACCUCUAGGUCAGCAAACUUCAAGAACUUUACCUUCAUCCAGCUGAAUGAAGAAUUUUCCAGGGGCAAAGGAUUAGACAUUGGUGCUCGAUUUUGGAAAGGAAACAAUGUUGUUCUCUUUUUUUGCGAUGUGGACAUAUACUUCACAGCUGAAUUCCUGAACUCCUGCAGGUUGAACACACAGCCAGGGAAGAAGGUGUUUUAUCCUGUUCUCUUCAGCCAGUAUAACCCCAGUAUAAUUUAUGGCCACCACGAUUCUAUCCCCCCUUUAGAACAGCAGCUGAUUAUUAAAAAAGAAACUGGAUUUUGGAGAGACUUUGGUUUUGGGAUGACUUGCCAGUACAGAUCUGACUUUAUCAACAUAGGUGGCUUUGACCUGGACAUUAAAGGCUGGGGUGGUGAAGAUGUACAUCUGUACCGCAAAUACCUUCACAGCAACCUCAUCGUGAUCCGAACGCCUGUCAGGGGUCUCUUCCAUCUGUGGCAUGAAAAACAGUGUCUGGACGAGCUGACCCCAGAGCAGUACAAAAUGUGCAUGCAGUCCAAGGCCAUGAACGAGGCUUCUCAUGGCCAGCUUGGGAUGCUUGUUUUCAAGCAAGAGAUUGAGACACAUCUGCACAGACAGAAAUUGAGUAGUAAGAAGACAUGAAACCAGAAAGGGAGGCCACGAGGCUCUGAAUAGGGUGUUUUUUAAAAGAGUUGCUAACCAGAAAAGAUGGAAUCAGACUGAAAGAGGAUGGAAAUUUCAGCAGGAUGGCAGCAAAAGAAGAAGAGGGGAAAGUGUUUGUCCUCCCUACUUUUGUUUUUAUUCUAAUGGGGCUUUUAAGUACUCCAUUAGCCUGACUUUUCAGCACUUGCUUCUAGGGGAGACUUGAACACUUGAUGAGAUUCAAGGUCAUGUCGGACCAUGACGGAGACAAUGAACGUUACAUAAAUGCUGGUAUGGUAUUCACAAUAACAAACGGACGUGCUCCUCCUUUGAAAUGUUUGUAAGAUGUUAUUUAAAGGAUUGACCUUUUUGUGGGCCAAUAAUUAGGAGUUCUUUUCUACAUCUCACUGAUAUCUCUAAAAAGGGCUAUUUUUGAAUAAGUACAGAGCUCCUGCUCUGAGAAGGACAUCUGAUUGUUAACGAUGGUUAAGCUGGAGUGACCAAAAAUCCUUUUCCCUUAAGGGGCUGGGACAGGGUGGGGGACAGCAGCAGUGCACUAACAAGGCAUUCCCAGUUCAUCCAGAGAAAGAGGUAUCUCAGAAAGUGCUUUCUAAAAUUCAGAAACAGAAAACUCUACUGAUCAAGUGUGAUGGUUCCAAAGUACUCGAGAGGAGUGAUUGUUCUCCUCUGUGGAUGGUGAACCAAAAGCAAUGAGCCACAUCUGUAUCAUGUGAAUCAGAUGGUGUAUUUCUGCUUUAGAAUACUGUAUGUAUCUCAAGAUUUAUUUUUAAAUGAAGUUGGUUUUGCUUGGGAAUUAUUUUGUCAAACUUCAGGUUUUCUACUUCUAGCCUUACUAAGAAACAGUACAGCCUUCCGACACCUGGAAAACGCUCUACAAAUCUGUGUUUCCUGUGGAUGGGAUCUGGGUUCAGAUAAGUGAAGUGAUUUUUCUACACAACCUGGGUACUGGAAGGCAGAAGCUUUAUCAUGCUGAAGAAAAGGAAAUCCAUAUCAACUUGCAUUACUGACUUAGGAGGCUUUAAACUCUGAAUGCCAGAUACCAAAAUUGAUGAACAUUUUCCGACUUUAUACCAAAGUAUUCCUUCUAAACCAAAUACAGAGUCUUGCCCAGGGCACAGAAAGCUUUUUGUAAUUAACAAAAUAAAUUUUUGUGAUGGAU